AUGUUUGUGGACGAGAGUUUGAAAUCUUCUCCUUUCUUUACCACGAUGGGAGCUGCUCGAAUAAAGCUGUCUCCUAUCGGAAUUGUUGUUCUAGGACUUGUUUUCGUCGCAAUAAUCUAUUACUUAUCCACAGAUGGCGGAAGUGGGGAGUUCUCCCAGAAGUACUUUGAGGGCGAAGACACAGUAUCGAUGGAGAGACUGAUUAGAACUGCAAUUUAUCUUGCCGAGAAAGGGGGGGAUAUCGUUCGGAAAAUCCGCAAAGGCGAAGAUUUAGGGGUAAGCAUAAGAGUAGACAUAUCCUUGAUAUCUUUGAGUCUCUUAAAGCAACAAACUCUAUCUAUACCCAUACAGCAAUCAAUUACCACUUACAGGUGUGAAUGUUUAGAAAGAUUAUUUGUUUACAGGCUCAAUUUUAAUGAUGUAAAUGUUUACUAAAACAUUAUUUGCUUUUAGAGCAAACUAGCCGGAAGGUCGUGGGUUCAAUUUUAAUGAUUUUUUAUUAAAAAAAAAAAAAAAAAAAAAUUGUUUCAUCUUUAUAACACAUUCACGUACACAGAUAUCCCUGUUCUCUUUUAGUGUCAUUUCUGGAUGUUAAGAAUUAUUAGUAACAUCGAAAAUUGUUUAAACAAAUGUGAGUAGUCUGAAAUUUUAAUAAAAUAUGCAUAAAUGUGAUGUGGCAUUUACGGUGAGUUUCUAACAACUGACAACGUGGAGGUAUUGGUAAUUUGCAUGUAUACUUCGAGUUGGUGAGCUUACGAGCGACAGCAAUUGCAAUUCAUUAUACCGAAGUUAAUUUAAAUUAGUUAUUUUGGGCUGUAUUCAACAUGAAUUACUUCUACGAACUGAUUUUCUCCACCGGCAAUAUCGGAAGGAUAAAAUUUUAACUACAUUCGGUAUAAUUUUUAAAAAUUAUUAUAAGCCUAGUUUAGUGGUAAAAAUUUCAUGUGCUCAAACGUAUUAAGCCUUAAUCCUUCAGUUGAGCACAUAAAAAGAUCAGUUUUUGAAUGAAUUUGGUUGGACCUGCACUUAAUUGCAAUAACGUUGUAAUUAUAAAGCAAAUUAAAAAGCCAAAAAGGAAAUAUUUAAUUAUACUUGCUUAUGAUUAAAACUGCCCUCUGGCCUUAUGCCUGCUAGCAGAACAAUUUUUCAGAGAAUUUCUAUCAAAAAAAAGUUGUUUCAAACUUCUUGAGAGAAUCAGAUGUUUGGUAAUUUCAAGCGAUUCCAAAAUUAAAAAAUUAAUAAUAAUUACAUGUUAAUUCUGUAAACUAUAUGCUAAUAAAUUCAAAUUUGGCUCUAUUUUUUUCCUUUUGAUGGAAAGUGCAACUAGGUGUGUCUAAUUUGGGUUUGUCUUAGCUAUUUACACAUGGGAAGUUUGACACUCAAACAUCUGCCAUUCAAAUAUCAAACUCUUUUUUUUUGCCAGACACGAAACACGAAAUUAGAGUAAUUUGAUUUUGCAUUCCACAAUUUUGUUCUCACUCUAAAGGACGAGUCGGACAAAUUAUGUUAUUUGUCUGAAGUAGGCAUCAAACUGAAUUAUUUUGGGUUGACUCAUGUAGAUAUCUGAGCUCAAUACUUGGAAAGGUUAAGGUUGAGCUGUCCCAGGUCUCAGAAAACUUUAAGGAUCAGUUAUUUAAAGAACGUUUUGCUGUUGUUUGACAAAACUGUGUCCUAAACAAUCCUCAAUUUAGCUGAAUCUUUCAUAUGAACAUUUAUUUUUUGUGAACAGUGUUAAAAGGGCCAAAGACUAAUUCUGGAAGGACAUUAACUUAAUUAAAUUAACCCCUCAUAAAGAAAGCCUUAGGCCCACUGAUUCCAUGAAGCCGUGCUUUGGGUUAGACAUUGUAUAAAUAACCAGCCUUAAAAGUUUCCCAAUACAAUCUAUUGAUUCAGAGCUGCCAACAGGAGCAGGAAGCCAGCCAAAACUGCUGGAUAGUCUUGCCAUCUUGAGUGCUGCUGAAAAUUCAAACAAUCAUUGGUACCUCUGUUUUGAAAUUGUUCUAUUUGUGGUUGAUCCUUUUCCCUUGAUUUACAGGAAGAAAGCAAGGGAAAGACUCGUGAAGGAGCCAACAAUCCAGUAACACAGGGAGACAUGUUAUCUCAUAGGGCCAUGUAUUAUGGCUUUAAAAAAGAAUUUCCUAGGUUAAAUGUGGUGUCUGAAGAACAUGACCACGGUGAAGUUGAUUUAAAAGAUGUUAAAGCUCCUGAUAUUUCUACAAUUAAGCUUGACGGCAAACUCUAUAACAAGGAGGAUGAGGUUGUAUCUGCUGGUAGCCUUCUCAUAUGGAUAGACCCGCUAGAUGCUACGCAAGAAUAUACAGAAAAUCUUGUUCACUAUGUAACUACGAUGAUUUGUAUUGUUGUCAAUGGAAAACCUGUGGCAGGUAUAAUUCAUAAACCUUUUCUUCAGGAGACAUAUUGGGCUUGGGUUGGCCAUGGAUCCUCAGGUAAUAUAAAUGUGCCACCUGAAAAAGAUUCUGCAUUGCAAAUGCCAAAGGUCAUUGUUUCAAGGUCUCAUGCUGGUAAAGUCAAUGCUACUGUUCGGUCAGCAUUUGGUCCACAAUCCAUGGUGAUACCAGCUGGAGGAGCAGGGUAUAAGGUGUUGUCACUCUUUGAAGAUAAAGCCAAUUGUUAUGUUCAUGUUACGCUAAUCAAAAAAUGGGACAUCUGCUCUGGGGAUGCCUUAUUGAGAACACUUGGAGGAAAGAUGACUACAUUAGAUAAUGAAGAAAUUAAUUAUGGUGACGGUUUUAAACCAGCUAACGAGAAAGGACUUGUUGCUGCAUUACAUAAUCAUGCUGAGUAUCAAGAGAAGCUUGCACACAAGUUAAAGUCAAAUGUCAAAACAAUACAUUAG